UAGACUACGUUAGAGUGGUAACCAAGUAAGCUUUCUGAAACUCCUAGAAUAAGCUUCUGAAGCUCCAGAAAUUUCGUCUUUCCAUAUUUAAACUUCCCAUUCCCAUUUCCCAACUCAAAUCCAUAUCCAAUAGUUUAAGGAAAAAAAAAUCAGAACCAAAAAUGUUCUUCUUCUUCGUUGGAGGCGUGAAUCAGCAGGUAAGACAAGUGCUGAAGAGCGGAGUAGGGAGGUGUAUAGCAUGCGGUUCACGCGCCGAUCUUGUGGAGUACGAAAAGGUUUUGAAUCUUUUCUUCAUACCCGUCAAGCGAUGGCCGGGGAAAGAGCCUGUCAUGUACUGCGACGAUUGCAAGCUCUUCUUCCCUCAGUCAAUCUCCCCUCCGUCACCGCCGCCGUCGCCGUCGGUGGCGGAGACGCGGCUGCCUUCGGUUACUGAUGCGUUGAAGUGUCACUAUUGUUCUCGAGAGGUUGACGCUGACUUCCGAUUUUGCCCCUUCUGUGGGUCCGCCCUGUGAUAUCUGAAUUUCAUUUUCAGGAUUUUGUAAUUUUUUGCAACUUUUUGUUUUUUUUAUUGUGUAUAUAUAUUUUUUGUUUUUAGGGUUUGAUUUUGUGUAGGUAGGGAAAUUUUGUUGUAGCUUAUGUAAAAAUAGUUGGUUCUUAA